GCGCUCUGUUGUCUGCGGGACGAAAUAGCGAUACGGGUUUUCAAGAAUUUAAAUUUCGCACUAUAUCGGUGGAAAUAUGAAUUCGCAAUCGGCAGUGCGGCGUUACCCACACAGUUUCUCCAUCGAACAAAUUCUGGCCAAGCCGGAAAUGCGUAGCUCCAAUUCCUUUCAGGAAUCCGAGCAGGAUGAGAGUGCUCGCAGUGGCCUAUGUGGUAGUGUUUCGCGUGUUUCCAGUCCAGCCACAUCGAGUUGUUUGGAGGAUAACUUAGACGACGGCAAAAGUGAUAUCGAUCUGGCUUCAGACGAUGGAAACGGCCUCGGCGAUGACCGCAAGAAGCGUCCGAGAACCGCCUUUUCGGCAGCCCAAAUCAAAGCCCUGGAAACCGAGUUCGAGAGGGGAAAGUAUCUAUCGGUGGCCAAGCGAACAGCACUGGCCAAGCAGCUGCAACUCACAGAAACGCAGAUAAAGAUCUGGUUCCAAAACCGGCGGACCAAGUGGAAGCGCAAGUACACCUCGGACGUGGAGACGCUGGCCUCGCAUUAUUACGCUCAGCUGGGAAUCGGGGGAUUGGCCAGACCCAUGGUGGUCGGAGAUCGGCUGUGGCUCUUUAGCCAAACGCCAACGGGUCCCACGCCCAUUCAGUCCAUCAUGCUGAAUGGUAACGGAUCUGCCGCCCCCAUGGCGUCGGCGGCGGCCACCGGAUCACCAAUGCGUCCGUAUCCGACGAGUGGCGGGAUGCCACCAUUGCCGGGGCCCAGUGUGAUGGAGAGUGCCCGCAAUGCGAUCCUGGCACGGGGACAGCCCCUGAACUUUGCCCUGCCCUUUGGAGUGGCCAAGCCAACGGCGGGAGGUGUGCCCUCCACCAGCUACAUCCCUCGCUGCAAGUCGUAUGCCGGAAGCUAUGUGGAUUACGCGGCAUCCCUUCCUCCAAACGAGGCUUAUCUGCAGAUGAAGUACGCCACACUGCCGCCGGAAACGGAAGGCGGCUCCUCCUCCAAUGGAUUGGCCGAACUGGAACGAGUUUUCGGAGAUGCAAACGCCAACUUCCUACAGCAACGAAGCACUCCAGCCACUGGAGCAGCCACGUCCUACGGCCAUGAGGGAUUAAAUCAAGCCCAAAGGAGCCGAAGACCCACGCAAUCAGAGUCCGAGUGCAGCGACAUCGACUGCGAGCAGCUGGACGAGGAUGAGGAGCCACCGGCUACGGAGUGAAAACACAGCGUUUUAUCUUUAGAAUUUAUGUUCCGUACCGUCUUUCUCACACACAAAAAUAUGCUCAUACAAAGGGUAGUCAUAGGGGGUAGAGUACAUGUCUUCUCUGUGUAGAUUCCAUUACAACUAGCUGAGAGUGGCACACUUUCAGACCUGCCCGGGAUUAUUGGCUCACCCCUGGCGGCUCAGCACUGGUCUAGUUCUAGUUCUAGCGCUAGUUUGCUAUUCUAUGUUACAUUGUGGGUCGGGUAUUGUUUACUGACUGGCUCUCAACAAUUAAUAAAUGUAAAUUAAUUAAUCAAAAAUCACAAAUCACAAAUAUUACACGUCCGUUGCCGUUAGAACUCGAGUUGGAUCAACUUAAAUGCUAAAAGUUACAAGCUGAAUACUAUAACUUAACCAUUGCUAUACAUAUUUGCCAUUUAACAUGCUAAAUUGAAAAUGAGCGAUAGAGAGCUGUAACAAAAGCGAACGACACUGACAUAUUUACAAUUCAUUGCGUUGCUUGUGUGGCGUGCUAGAAUGGAACACUUUUGGCUCAUGCAACACACACAGUUCGGUUAACUACUAUACAUAUUGGAGACUCAUUUGAUUUGAUUUUGUUACGCCAACAGUAGGCUUGAAAGUCGGGGAGUUGAUGGUUACA